GCCUCUUUCGGGAUGGCUGUAGUUAUCGGCAUUGGUUGGAAGGCCCUCUCCCGACCUGGGUGGUCGCCAUGUAUGUGGCGCAUGCUCUCCAGUUCCCCCUCCUCUUCUACCGAUGUUCAAAUCUGACCGGAGUAACAACUGCAACUAUCAGUGUUUUUGACUUCGCCGGACUGAUAGCAUGGUUGGUGUGUUUCAUCUUCAUGAUCAAAGGCCAUGUCAACUGUAAGGCCGGAUCUGAGUGGAUGCUCGCGCUCAGUCCUGGAUGCCCGUUUUCUGACGACGCUCGAGACGACAUUGCCUAUGUCAAGUGCAUUUUCAGUGGGUUUCAGCUCGCUCUUGCUUCAGCAGGAUUGCUCGGCAUAGUUGUACUGGUUUUCUUUCCCGUCUUCAUCUGGAUUCUCGGCGAUGACCCUGCUUCUCCUGAAGCAUUAGGUGCAGGACAUCUGCAGAUGGUUUGAAGUGAAAAUACCGUCAGGUUGCAGACCUUGGCGACUGCCCGAGUAGGAAGUGGUGAGAUGCGAGUUGUUGCUGAAAAUGUCGCCAGGAUGCAAACUCUGGCACAUCCCCAAAUUGAAGAGCCUUAAAUGCUCAGUCUGAUGUCAUGAGCUUAUAUGUACGAUGUAGUACAUUUCUCAGCUGCCUGAUGCAAAGAAC